CUUUUGUGCAGCACAUUUGAAUUGUUUGUCUGUUUUCACUAGGAUUUGCAAUGUAAAGUGUUGCUUCAAUGAAGCCAGCCUUAUCCAUACCAACCAACCCAGAAGUAAUACGGUCAAUAGAGAAACACCAAGGAUGGUUGAAAAAACUUGGCGGAAAAUUAAAAAUUUGGAAGGAGAGAUAUUAUGUGUUGACAGACACACAUCUUUACUACUACACCGGCACAGAUAAAAGGAAACUUUUGGGCGAAUUCUCCCUGAAUUGUGCACAGAUAGAAUCUGAUACUGGUGAAGUGGAAUACAAUGGAGAUAAAUCAUGUUUAUUACUACUGAAAAUUAAUGGACCCUCACCACUGCAAGACAGUCAUCUAAAUGGUCAAAUACAACAACACGAUCAACAGCAGAUCAUACUUUGUGCACCUAAUCCACGUGAAAGAAAAGUAUGGCUGAGAGCAAUACGAAAAGUUCUUUAUUUACAUCAUGGUGGUGCUUUGUUUGGUACUCAUUUGGACGAAGUUUUUCAAUAUACAAAAAGUAACAAUGAAUUCCUACCUCGAGUUGUGUAUGAAACAGUAAAAUUUAUACGUGAAAAUGGACUGGAUACAGAAGGUAUUUUUAGGAAAUGUGGAAAACAGAAUGCAAUUCAAGCAUUAGCUGAUUUAUAUGAUUCGGCUUGUCCAGGUCCUAUUCUUAUCCCUGAUGAACAUGAUGUUCAUCUUGUUUCAGGAUUGUUGAAAUAUUAUUUAAGAGAAUUACCGGAACCAGUUAUUCCAUAUAAAUAUUAUGACAAAUUAAAAGCUGCCGGUUAUCGUAUUGCUGAUGGAAAUGAACUGCCUGAAUACAUUGAUUUAUUCCAAAAUCUACCAUCACCUAACUACAAUUUACUCAAGUAUUUAUGCCAGUUUCUUUUUGAGGUAUCUGAGCAUGAAAAACAAAAUCGUAUGUCCAUAGCAAGUUUAGCUAGUAUGUUCGCACCAAAUUUUCUGCGUCAACAAGAAGAAGAUCUGAACAUUGAAAUGUCUGCAUCACAACUUAUUAAUCAUACAAUAAGUGAGUUUAUAAGAGUUCAUCAACUCUUAUUUCCGUAUCCAUUAAAAUCUCCAGGAUUAAGGAAAUCAUAUAUAAGUCAAGCCAAAUCAUCAUACAAUCAUAGAAGUUUAAACACAAUGCCAUCUUGUGUUAAAAGGGCAUUUAUUCAAACCAAUCCUUUACUAUUGGCGCGCAAAUCUUCAUUCAAUAAUGAUAUGAUGUUAUCGAUUCCGAAUCAAACCAUAGAACCGGUUAUUUAUGAUAGACCAAUGCUUCUUCCCAUUCAGUCAUCAACAAAUGCUAACGGUAGUCAUGGGAAUAAUAAUAAUAAUGGUAAUGAUAUUGAUGAUAAUGACAAUAAUGAACCAAAUCAUCAAAAAGGUCAUUUCAUUCCUCCCUUCAUUAUCACUACUAUUAAUCAUAUGAAUCAUUUUGAUCAUAAUUCUAUUUUAUUAAACCAUGUUGUAAGCUCACAUGAUCACACUAGUACAAUAUCUACUAAUACUGCUGCUACUGCUGAUAAAAAUGAAAAUAAUCUUGUCAUAAGAUCACGUGAGUUUUGUUUUCUGUUCUGGUAUUGA